UCGCAAUUAACCACCAAAAGAUUUUCUUACCCCGCCAUCUUCUUGGGCAGCUACCGACCACCACAAACACAGCUGGACCCGACUUCCUCGAGCUUCGUCCCGAACCACCGCGACUCAAAAUGGGCUUCACUGACCUUCUCACCGACGCCGGCCUUGCCGUGCUCGACAACUGGCUCCUCACCCGCUCCUACAUCACCGGGUACUCGGCCUCGCAGGCUGAUGUCGCCGUCUUCAAGGCCCUGAGCGCUGCGCCCGACGCCGCCAAGUACCCCAACGCGGCCCGCUGGUACAAGCACAUCGCCUCGUACGAGGACGAGUUCGCCACCCUGCCCGGCGACUCCAGCAAGCCCUACACUGUCUACGGCCCCGAGACUGUCGAGGUCACGGUGAACCCGGCCAAGGCCCCCGCCGAGGAGGCGAAGGAGGAGGAGGAGGAGGACGUCGACCUCUUCGGCAGCGACGACGAGGAGGAGGACGCCGAGGCCGCCCGCAUCCGCGAGGAGCGCCUGGCCGAGUACCGCAAGAAGAAGGAGGGCAAGCCCAAGGUUGCCGCCAAGUCGAUUGUCAUCCUCGACGUCAAGCCUUGGGAUGACGAGACCGACCUGGCUGCUAUGGAGGCCUCCGUCCGCAGCAUCGAGAAGGACGGCCUGGUCUGGGGCGCUUCCAAGCUCAUCCCCGUCGGCUUCGGCAUCAAGAAGCUGCAGAUCAACCUGGUCGUCGAGGACGAGAAGGUCUCGCUCGACGAGCUCCAGGAGCAGAUCCAGGAGUUCGAGGAUUACGUCCAGUCCACCGACAUCGCUUCCAUGCAGAAGCUCUAAGCUUAACGAUGCGUCUUGGCCCAGCCGUCCACUGUCUGUACCAUACGGGAUGUCAGUGACCUGAUGCGCGUAACACCGCCAUUGGCGGCUUCAAGCAUGUCAGACUCUCUCUCUCGCAGAAGAGAGGCACGGCUAGAAACAUGCCAGCCGCCACGUAGCGUUUCCCAUCGAGAUGGUCUUCAGGAGAGCUUGACGCCUGCGUGAUAAUACACCGAGGGAACGACAGGGCACAUUCAAGACAAACACGGGGCAACUGAGUGAGCAUUCAUUCCUCCCUCCC